GCUGCCUACACAGACAGCCCCUACUCUUACCCUGCUUCUGCUGCUGAAGGUUUCCUGACUCCCGACUUCUACCCACCCUCCGACCCAGGGCGCCAGUGUCCAUUUUCUGUGGGGAUGGAGGACCCCCUGGAUACCCGGCUUUAUGCAGAACCUUCCCUGCCACAGGCAGGAUCCUGGAGAGGUUCUGGACUCCCCUCAGGACCCCCACAGAUGCCUCCCGUGACCACCGGACCAUCUCUGGACACAGCCCGUGCUCACAUGCUGGCUUUGGGGCCACAACGGCUGCUGGCCCAGGAUGAGGAGGGAGACACGCUCCUGCACCUGUUUGCGGCUCGUGGCUUGCGCUGGGCAGCAUAUGCUGCAGCUGAGAUGCUCCAAAUGUACAGACAUCUGGACAUUCGUGAGCAUAAGGGCAAGACCCCUCUCCUGGUGGCUGCCGCCGCCAACCAGCCCCUGAUUGUGGAGGAUCUACUGAACCUGGGAGCAGAGCCCAAUGCCACUGAUCAUCGGGGACGUUCUGUCUUGCAUGUGGCCGCUACCUAUGGGCUCCCAGGAGUCCUCUCGGCUGUGAUUAACUCCGGGGUUCAGGUUGACCUAGAAGCCAGAGACUUUGAGGGCCUCACCCCUCUCCACACGGCCAUCCUGGCCCUCAAUGUUGCUAUGCACCCACCUGACCUAUGUUCCCGGGUGCUGAGUACCCAGGCCCGAGACAGGCUGGCUUGUGUCCAAAUGUUGCUGCACAUGGGUGCUGAUCACACCAGCCAGGAAAUCAAGAGCAAUAAGACGGUUCUGCAUCUGGCCGUGCAGGCUGCCAAUCCCACCCUGGUUCAGCUGCUGCUGGAGCUGCCACGGGGAGACUUGCGGGCCUUUGUCAACAUGAAGGCCCAUGGGAACACAGCUCUCCACAUGGCGGCUGCCCUGCCCCCUGGGCCACCCCAGGAGGCCAUCGUGCGGCGCCUGCUGGCAGCUGGGGCAGAUCCAACACUGCGAAACCUGGAGAAUGAGCAGCCUGUCCACCUGCUGCGGCCCGGGCCGGGCCCCGAAGGGCUCCGGCAGCUGUUGAAAAGGAGCCGUGUGGCACCCCCAGGCCUGUCCUCUUAG